AUGCUGUCAAGAAGUAUAGCUACCGCCAGCCGUAUGGUGCCCGCUCGGGUGCUGAGGCCCCGUGCGCACCCUCUUGUCAUGCUUCCUUCCAUGAUGCAGACCGUUCGUACCUACGCCGAUUCCGUCAUCAAGGUCCCCCAGAUGGCCGAGUCCAUUUCUGAGGGUACCCUUAAACAGUUCUCCAAGAGCGUUGGCGACUAUGUUGCCCAGGAUGAGGAGAUUGCUACAAUUGAGACCGACAAGAUUGACGUUGCCGUCAACGCUACCGAGGCCGGCACUAUUAAGGAGUUCCUUGUCGCGGAGGAGGACACCGUUACUGUCGGCCAGGAUCUCGUUCGCAUCGAGCUUGGUGGUGAGCCAUCUGGCGACAAGAAGGAUGCCCCUAAGGAAGAACCUACGAAGUCCGAGUCCGAGUCAAAACCUACGCCUAAGCAAGAGUCUGCCCCCGAGCCUAAGAAGGAGGCCGCUCCCGCUCCCAGCAAGCCCGAGGCUCCCCGACAGCCCGAGAAGAAGCAGUCAAAGUCCGAAUCCUCCACCUCAAGCGGUCCCUCUAUGGGUAACCGCGAAGAGCGUCGCGUCAAGAUGAACCGCAUGCGCCUCCGAAUUGCCGAGCGUCUCAAGCAAUCUCAGAACACCGCUGCUUCCCUCACCACCUUCAACGAGGUCGACAUGUCCAACAUCAUGGAGUUCCGCAAGCUUUACAAGGAGGACGUCCUCAAGAAGACCGGUGUCAAGCUUGGUUUUAUGAGCGCCUUCUCCCGAGCUUGCGUUCUUGCCAUGCGCGACCUACCUGCCGUCAACGCCUCCAUCGAGGGACCCAACGGCGGUGAUACCAUCGUCUAUCGCGACUACGUCGACAUCAGUGUUGCCGUCGCCACUGAGAAGGGCCUCGUGACUCCCGUUGUACGAAAUGUUGAGUCGAUGGACAUGAUUGGCAUUGAGCAAUCGAUUGCCGAUAUGGGCAAGAAGGCGCGUGACAACAAGCUCACUAUCGAGGAUAUGGCCGGCGGCACCUUCACCAUCAGCAACGGUGGUGUGUUUGGCUCACUCAUGGGCACCCCCAUCAUCAACCUUCCCCAGAGCGCCGUCCUUGGUCUCCAUGCCAUCAAGGAGCGCCCCGUUGCUAUCAACGGCAAAAUCGAGAUUCGACCCAUGAUGUACCUUGCCCUCACCUAUGACCACCGCCUGCUGGACGGCCGGGAGGCCGUACAAUUCCUUGUCAAGGUGAAGGAGUAUAUCGAGGAUCCCCGAAGGAUGCUCUUGUAA